GGAGCAGUGAUGUAGAGACAAUUUCAACAGCAUCGCUGUGUUCGUUCGAAGUCCUCUCUGUGUGAGAGUGGUCGCCAUUUAAACCUUAUCGUUGUCGUGAUGUAAAUACCAUAAAAUGUCAGCCUUCUGUUGUGAAAGUUAAUAGAAAAUCUUUCAGAUUUACAAAAUGUCAUCUCCAGAAAUUGAGAAGUUUGAGGUGACAGACUAUGAUUUGGCAAAUGAAUUUAACCCCAACCGAAGAUAUCGGCGCCAGACAAAGAACCAAGCUACAUAUGGAAUCUGGGCUGAUCCCGAGAGUGAUGAAGAAGAAGAACGGCCAAGGUUUGGUAAGACAGGCGGUGCUAUGUCUAGUAAUGACUAUACCAUGAAUUUUGUGAGUGGUGGCUUGAAACAGGAGGAGAAGUUACCUCAGAAAGAUGAUAUGGAUUCAGAAGAUGAUUCUGAAGAAGAAACUGCUGUGAAGGUUCCACAAAAGAAGAAAGUUCCUCUCAAGGCACCACCACCAAGAAGGUUUGCUGGAAGUAAAGAUUUUGAAAGUGAUAAAAACUUUGGAAAAUGGGAGAAACAUACCAGGGGAAUUGGUCAGAAACUUCUGGAAAAGAUGGGUUACGAAAAAGGUAAAGGCUUAGGAAAAACCGCCCAAGGUAUCACUGCACCCAUUGAAGCUGUGAAACGUCGGCGCCGUGCUGGGUUGGAGUUCAGUGGCAGUGAGAGAACACAGCAGUCUUUGAAACACUAUCCUGUACAAGAUUCUGAUGAAGAGGAAGAGACUGAAUUUAAGAAUGAGCUUCACCAAUGGAAGAGGGAACCCACGGGAAAUAAUCGUAAACCAAAGUACGUCUACAAAACGGCCCAGGAUGUGAUAGAGUCUGGCCUGACACGGAAGAAGAGACCGAUUCAAUCCAGUGAACUGUCAAAGGUGAAGGUCAUCGACAUGACCGGCAAAGAGAAACGAGUUCUUUCAGGUUACCAUGCCAUCUGUCAACGUCACGACAAACCAGAUGAAGAUGAUGAUGUCAUUGAAUCAACCCCGAAAGCAAGGACAGCAUUUGAUGUUCCUGAACUUGUCCACAAUCUCAACAUUCUUGUCAAUAUGUCAGAAGUGGAUAUCAUACAGAAUGAUCGCAAACUUCGUUACAACAAAGACCAGAUUGUCAACAUGACUCAUGAGAAGGAACGUCUUGAUGUUGUUUGUGAACAAGAAAAGAAACAGUGCGACCGACUGCAGGAGAUUCUCGAUAUGGUUGAAAGUUGUCAGAAGCGGACCCAAGCUGACGUUGAAGAUGCGAUGAGUUUAGAUGAAUGUGUGAGUUUGUUCAAGAAACUGCAGGAGGAGUAUUAUGAAGAAUACAAACUUUAUGACCUUGGAGCAUUAGCCAUAGCACUGGCCUUCCCCAUGAUGAAGCAGUUUUUCAGCAGUUGGGAACCCCUGAAGGAAAAUACGAAGGGUCUAGAGGUAAUGGGAGAAUGGCGCUGUAUCCUUGAAGAUAGCAAUCACAAAUACGCCUAUGAUGCCAACAACAUGGAUGUUUACCAAAGACUUGUGUGGGAUAUCUGGAUGCCAGUGAUAAGGAAAACCAUUCUGCAAUGGAAUGUAAGAGAGUGUAAUCCAUUGAUUGACCUGUUGGAUGUGUGGAUGCCUGUUCUUCCAUCAUGGAUCUUGGACAAUAUUCAGGACCAACUCAUUCUUCCGCGGUUGAUGCAAGAAGUAGAAAACUGGAACCCGUUGACCGAUACAAUGCCCAUUCAUGCCUGGCUUCACCCUUGGCUACCACUAAUGGGGGACAAGUUGGAACCUCUCUACGCUCCGAUCAGACAUAAACUAUCCAAUGCCCUCAACAAGUGGCAUCCUUCAGACUCGUCUGCUAAAGUUAUUCUUCAGCCAUGGGUCAGCGUCUUCAAACCAGGUCACAUGGAAGGCUUUUUGGUGAAGAACAUUCUACCCAAGCUUGAACUCUGCAUGCAGGAGUUUGUCAUCAACCCACACCAACAGAUCCUUGAGCCAUUACAUUGGAUGAUGUCAUGGAGAGAUAUCAUUGCUCUGCCACACUUAAUAUCAAUAUUGGAGAAGAAUUUAUUCCCCAAAUGGUUACAAGUGCUUUGUACCUGGCUUAGCAACAUGCCAAACUAUGAAGAGGUCACCAAUUGGUAUCUUGGAUGGAAAUCACAGUUCCCUGAGGAAUUUCUCAACCACGCUUAUGUUAAAGAUCAGUUCAACCGAGCCCUUGACAUAAUGAACCGUGCCGCCACUGGUUACUUCCAGCCCGGGGCUAAAGAGAACAUGGCCUAUUUUGCACACAACGAACGCCGUCAGAUGGGGACAAUAUCAGCACCACCACCGCCACCACCUUCAGCAGUAUUGAACAUGAUCCCCCCCACUUCAGGAGUCUCUCAUCACCCAGCUCAAGAUUACGAUCGUAACCCAUCAUAUCCGAGCAGUUUCAAAGAACUUGUUGAAAAAAUGGCCAUUGAUCAUAAUUUGGUUUUCAUCCCAAUUCCUGGAAAAUCUCAUGAAGGGAAACAAGUUUAUCGGUUUGGCAGUGUUGUGAUGCAUCUCGACAGAAAUGUUAUCUUCAUGUUUGAUAACCAAAGCUGGAUUCCUGUCUCUUUGAACACACUCAUUGACCGUGGCAAGCACUGAUGUGCAGAGUGUCAUCUUCCCUCACGUUGUUGUGUAUUUAGGUGGAUGGGUGUGUGUGUAUUGGCUGGAACAUCCCUGCAGUACAUUCAAAUAUAUAUAGACAUAUAUACACAUUUAUAAAUAUUUUGUGUACUCAUAAAAUUUAGAGUGAAAGAAAGAGAGAGAGAGAUUGAUGGAUUAUUUUGUGUAUAUAAUAGAUUAUAUGAGAGGGUUUUUAAAGUAUAUAAAGAUGUUUGUAUGUGUGUGUGUAUGUAUGUAUUUAUUAUAAACAAGGAACAUUGAGAAACAUGAACAGACUUAGAAAUGUUCUGUUACCAAAAAAUGAAUAAAAAAGAUGUAAGUUGUACAAA